AUGGAUCCACCGUUUCCAGGUGACGGACAACCUUCCAGCUACACGAAUACUCUUCCCGGUCACGGGCAACAAUCGCCUUGCGUGGCAGAGCUCACCGGUAUGGGGUCAUACUAUGCCCUCUCCUCGGGUCCUCAGGAUCAACCACCUCAUCUAUCAUCAACUGGUCCGCUGCCACUGGGCUCGACCCUCUCACAGCACCAAGAUAAUCAGCAGCGGUCACAUCCGAUUCAAGAUGCGACUGCGUACACCUCCAUGUCCUCAGGUUUUCACUAUCCGCCUCGAAGCCAUCAUCAAGUCUGGCCUUCGCCUCCACCAGGACCUGACGAUUAUGACACCUACUCCUACCAAAGUUCUCCAAGCAGCGGUAGUGCCCCUAUGAGCUGUUACAACCCUUCACCUAUCUCACCUAGGACGUGGUCCUCUCCAGACUUUCCCCUAUCCCAAGCAUCGGAAUCUCUCCACCAGCAGAGCCAACAGAAUCCAUACCAUAACCUCCGGAUUUGCACUCCAACAUCAACUGAAGGGUUUCCUGUCAGAGGCUCUCAGGUACUGACGCCCUUUUCAAGCGGCUGCAUGAACCAAGGCUUCGAUAAUGAAAUCGACGGUAUGCCACACAACUAUUCCCCCGUAACGAUUCCAAGCUCGUCGGUUGGAGCACUUUCCUGCACUAGCUCCCCACAAGAACCUCUGCUCAGCACUCCAAUGCAUAUGGAGACGCGGCAGGCAUCGCCGGCUGGCGAGCCAGAUUACCGUGCGAGUACAGAUGAGCAGCUGGAUGCCAAAGACAGCAAGGGUGCGGUUGUUGGGGCUAAAAUGGAGGAACCGUACGCCAAGCUCCUCUACAGAGCGCUCAUGAGCGCUCCGGGACAUGCCAUGACCCUUCAAGAGAUUUAUCAGUGGUUUCGCGAAAACACCGACAAGGAUGUCAAGAAGGAGAACACACCCAAGAGGCCAGGCAAAAACGCCGAAGGUUGGCAGAAUAGCAUCCGCCACAACCUGAGUAUGAAUGAGGCUUUUGUCAAACGAGGGAGCAAGCAAGCUUCAGGCUGUAAGUUGAAUGCAGCAGACCAGGAUUCAGGGCCAGGGCCAGAGCCAGCAAAAGCUGGUGAGCCUAAGAAGCCUACAGAAUGGAUGUUGGAGGAUUGGGCUGUUCAAAAUGGAGUUGAGAGCACAACAAAAUAUCGACCUAAACACCCCCCACGCCGAGCUGUAGGAUCGAGGGUCCAUCACCAUCCUUACGAUCACAGGUUUCCACAGCACGGCAGCCCAAGCUCUCCCACCGGAACAGCGGGUCGAAAGGGAGACUGCUCGUCUACCAAGCUGAGAAUGCGAGGGCGCCAGUACGCGCACGAGACGAACAUGCCACCGACGUCCCACCAUAUCAAUAUCAUGGCACACCCUCAUCCCACGCGACGGACGACAGCGAUGGCGAGCAUGUACCCGUCACAUCACCAACAACAAUUAGGUUACGAGGAUAUGAUGAUGCCACGGCUCGAGGCAAUGUCACAAACGGCGAUCAAGCAGGAGUAUUCCCCAAUGGCACAAACCGCAAUCAAGCAGGAGUACUCCCCAAUGACACCCGAUUCUAGUGCGUUUGGUUUCGUGCUUCCAGAGCCGAGCCUAAUACACGCGCAUGCAGUCAAUUCCAGCGCUAGCGCCAGCGCCAGCAAUGUCAAUGGCAAUGCUAAUGUCGAUAUCAACGGUAGUGGCCCUACCGCAUAUGCACUCCUUAGUGGCGGGCAUCAGGCCCAAAGCAUGUACGUUGGAUCAUCUCCGUGCGAAUAUCCGUAUGGGAUGGUAGACGUCACAGGCGUCUAUCAGGGAGCUGGUCACAAUACAGUUAGCGGCGGAGUCAACGAACGCCUCAUAGAGAUCGGCCCUAACGCAGUCUACAACUGGAACGGCCAGGCACUUUGA